AUUGACCUUCAUCAACUGUACUCAGUGGUUAUAAAUAACACAUUUUAAGUACGCGGCGAGGCGGCGGAAAGACGAGUUGGAUCUAACAAAUGUUAUAACGUCACAUCCACUUAAUGAUUCUUUGUUUCUUUUGUUUUUUAAGAAAAUAAGGACUCCACUAAUAUUAAAUCGUUCACGUUAAAUCAUGAGUGCGUAGAAACACAAAUGCGGAGGGCAUCAUCAGCUCCACGGGAAAGCCUACCUCCUUUUCAUCCUCCCGAUUCAGCUGAAUCAUGUGUGAACGACCCGUUGAGUUGGGCACAAAUGAAAGCUAAAAAGGGUGAAGAUAUAGAAAUGCCGAAAUUCGCCGCAGAGCUCGAGUUCCAUCGCGAGGAAGAUGCGCAUCCGCUAUUUAUGCAAGUUUUACAAUCAACAACUCUACCGUACAUCGUAAGACGACGUUUGCUUAAUCGUUACAAAGUGUGGAUGGCAUCUAAAGGUGAAGAAUUUUGGGCAGACCAAGCAAUUCACCAUCAAGUCCGAAUGUGCACGAUGUUGGCUGUGCGCGAGAUACUCGAAAGAAGUAGGCCUGUUACAAAAAAAUAUAUCAGCGUCAAUGAUGCAACUGUGGUUCCGCUUUUAUCAGAUAAUUUCGAGGUUCGUCCGAACCGAAUUAUAUUCUCGUCUGCUCGGACUCCAUUAUUUAACCAAGGCUCGGGCACAUCAUCGCCAGCACUGUCGCCUCCACGCCGUCCGGUCUUUAAUAGCGACGACGAUGAAAAUGAGCAGGAGGACGGGGCCGUCGAUGAAGAAGAUGUCACAGGAACUCUCGAACAGCUGUCUAGUGGAGACAAAGAUGAUGAGAGUGAGGUAUUUGGACAACCUUACAGUGAAACUGUAGAUAUGUCCUGGAUUAAGAAGCGGCCAGAAUUCGCAUUCCGCUUCCCGCUGACAAAAGACUGGAGUCCUACAACAAGAUCAAGCAGAAGACAUCUUUGAACUACAAGCAAAUAGAUCAGAUUGCACUGCUCUCUGGUGUCCUGCAUUUUAACGAAGAGCAUGUUGGAUUCACGACUCCUGAGAUCACAGCUAUCACAAAGGAAGUUCUCCUUCGGUUUUAUACCAGCGAGCUGCGAGAGAAAGACAUAAAGCGGUCGUCGGAAGCAGCUGCACUAUGGAGCACUUGGGUCCAGGUUCGCAGAUAUGGCUAU